AUGGGAUGGUGGCCAUUUGCAAGCUCAAGCAGCAGUAAUACUGAAAAACCACCAGUGCAAGAUAAUCAACAACUAGCCGCAUCGGAGCAAGUACUACUAGAGGAUCUUCCAAAAAGAUUCAACCCUGAUGAAUAUGAUCCAAGAAAACAGCAGCAGCAGCAACAGCAACAACAGAAUCAGCAGAAAGCCAUGAUGAAAAUGGCCCUCGACUCAAUAUCUUCAAACGAUUUCAAGUUCGAAACUUUGGUGAAAAUCCCUUGUUUUAGAGACGCUGGGUUGAUUGGGAUCUCCUCGAUGGGGGUUUUGGCAACCAUCAUCUUUCUUGUUCAUAAAAAUCCUAGCAGGGCCGCCAAUUGGGGUGUUGGGGGUGGUUUGUUAGGUAGUCUUGUUGGCUGGGAACAGUGUAGAUCCCAAAGAAAGAGAAGUUUCGAAAAUGUUGAGAAGGCAAAAGCAGCACUUAGAGAAAAACCUAGACAAAUGAAGAACCAGGAAGAAGGUAAAGAUUAA